GAAUGUAAUAUUAUUCCAAAACAGGUUUGCCCGGAGUAGGCUCCGAGAUUCAGUGCGGUGUCGACUUAUAGUCGAUCUAUCAACGAAGUGUCGGCCCAUUUUUCGAGUCGGGCGAGGGGAAUAAUGCCUCUGCACCGGAUGAUGAAGACGUUCGGAGCUCAGAGUAAUGCUUCAGGGGGGAAAUCUAUGUUUUAGCUCGAAGAGUCAGAGCAUCAAGCCGAAGGCUCCUUUGAAGCUUCCGCCCAAUUCGGGGCCAGUCGAGUUCAGUUCAGUCCGCAGUUCUUCCUGCACACUGCUUAUGGCAACGGCUUUCUGCUGACGAAGGGCGCACGUCGAUCUCUGGCUCAGACACGAGUGCAUAAUCGAUCGCAAUGAGCAUACAUGAGCAGCUUAGCUCGCUCGCACUCAUGCAAAAUUUCAUGGCCUCGAUUUGCCAAGAGAAAGGUGUUACCCGUGCAUCUUCCCCGAGAAGCCUCGAGAGCCGGGGAUUUAGAAAGACAGAUUUAAAUUCACAGUUCUGCAGGUUGGAGCUUGACGAGGAACAUGGUGGUGCACACUGUGACUGCCUACUUCAAACAGAUCAUGAGCAUGUUGAAACGGCAGGGCGAUGAGUCGUGUUCUAAGAGCGAAUACGCUCGCUGCUAACGUUCCGACACGAAUAAUUUCGUCAGUCUCAGUCUGCGUUUCCAAAUCAUCAGCUCCAUAAACGUCGAGUCGAUCAAAUUCUCGGAUGCAAUCACUUCUUACAGAAACAGCAAACAAACAUCUUCUUCUGGUCUAAGCGGCGAUGACCCAGAGAACGAGCGAGCUGAAUCGUGCGUUUCUCGAUUCGACGAAACUCGGGGUUUCAUUCCGAUGUUGGGAACGUAGCACGAGGCAAUUGACUCUAAAUUCCCAUCCAGACUGACAGAAUUUGAGGUUGAGUCGAAUCCUGGUAGAGACGCCGUACAGUCGUGGAGGGAUGGGAUGGAAUCGCAAAGCUCGGCUGCCGAACAUGCGCUUCUUCUUCCCCUGCCCCAGUUUGAUAGAGCAAGACUCAGAACCGAGCGAGCGCUUGCUCCGGGCAAGUCCUCGGGUCCUAGCGCAGCCACGAGAAAAGCAUGCGCUGAUGUCUCGUGCGUAGCGUGGCAGCUAUGCUGCUCUGAAUCCUCCGUACUGCUUCAUAAGGCUCUGACAGUAUUAGACGCUGCCUGCCAUGGCAGAAAUCGGCUGACGUCUCUGUGAUCCGCGUGACGGGAUACACUAGGGGACGGAAUUUUCCUCAUGAGAAGGGAAACCACUGUAGGUCGUCGACGCUGCAGCAUAUUCCGCACAGGUUUGACUUGAGGGCAGCAGCACUAGCACGUUCCGUAUUUUGCCACUGCGAACGUCAGAAGCCCGUGCUGCCGGUCUGUCUCGUGAGGUGAGUGAGCUCGGCUGAACCCACGAAGUCGGGUCUCUAAGAAGUGAGAAGGUUCUGGAUUCGGAAUUCAUGGACCGCUCGCUACGCUUCGCUGGAGCUGCAUGUUCCGAGCAUGCGAAUUUCUCGAGGGCUGGGCGGGCGGGAUUUGGUGCAUGAAAUGGUUUCAGCUGGGCGAGCAAAGUUUCCUGGAAUUGGUUCGAAUGUGCAGACUUCGAAGCUUGUUGACACGUACCGUGUAACGACGGCACGAGAGCUCAUGACCAGGCCAGAUCCUGCACUUCUCGUCAUUUGCCGAUAGUCGGGCCUCGUUCGAUCGAUCGACGGGUCGUGGUCGAGGAGGAGCUCGAGGUAUUUGCAUACCUUUGGCUCCACUUCUCGUCAGCGAAUCUGGUCAGCUUCCAAAGUCAGAGAGCGAUGGAGCUGCACUGGCAGAGUACAGACCAGACGGCGAAGUGCGUGCUGAUGUCUUUUCGACGUAACCCGAUCCGAGAACGCAGGAAUGAUCGGAAUCGGACCUCCAUGACUCGACCAAUCUCGUGCUGAUAGAAAGGUCAGUCCGUGGAUGAUGGCGAGGGGGGCCCCGACCGACCGACUGACACAGGUGGCCUUGGCCCUCCUGCCGUGGCUCAAUGAACGCUGCGGUAAAACGCACACAAACACCCCUCAAAGCAGC